AUCACCUCUUCUUCAUCACCUCUUCUUCAUCAACUCUUCUUCAUCAACUCUUCUUCAUCACCUCUUUGGACUGUGUGAAGAAACUGUGGAGCUGUGACUCAUCAGGAAACAACUCACCUGAGUUGUUCUACGUCGACAUUUUGGACUGUGUGAAGAAACUACUGACUUCAGAUCAGAAAAUGAGUGGUUUGGAGGAAGAGGAGGACGGAGCAGAGUCUGUAGUAUCUGGCUGUCAGUCUAUGAAGAGUUACAAAGAUCCUCCUCUGAACUUAAGUAAUGAACCUGGACCCUCAGACACAAAAGUUCAGGACAACAGACAGAGAUCAGAGUCUGUAGUAUCUGGCUGUCUGUCUAUGAAGAGUGAUCAGUCCAAAGGAGAACCUCUGACAUUCAAUAAUGAACCUGGACCCUCAGACACAAAAAAGAGGAAGAGGAGUGAUGUUUCUGAGGAGGAGCAGCCGUCCAGAUCCAGAAUCAGAGCUGGACUGCAGACAGCCAAUCAGAGCAGCUCUGAACAAAUGAAUGUUGGUCGUCAGAAACAUAAGAUCAGGCUGAAGGGGACAUUUGAAUGUGUGACUGAAGGAGCUGAAACAGGAAGUAGAACCCUCCUCAACAGGAUCUACACUGCCCUCUACCUCAUAGAGGGACAGAGUGAAGAGGUUAAUACCCAACAUGAGGUGAGGCAGCUCGAGACAGCUUCCAAGAAGAAGACCCUCCAUGACUCUCCAAUCAAGUGCUGUGACAUCUUUAAAGCCUUACCUGGCCAACAGAAACACAUCAGAGUUGUUCUGACGAGCGGCGUUGCUGGCGUUGGAAAGACCUUCUCAGUGCAGAAGUUCUGUCUGGACUGGGCCGAGGGUUUGGAAAACCAAGAUAUCAGUCUGGUGAUUCCUCUUUCCUUCAGGGAGCUGAACUUGAUCAAAGAUGAGCAGUACAGUCUUCUGGAGCUGCUCCGUGUUUUCCAUCCAACAUUACAGGAGGUCCCAGCAGAGCAGCUCGCUGGCUCUAAAGUUCUCUUCAUCUUUGACGGCCUGGAUGAAAGCAGACUUUCACUGGAUUUCAACAAGAGGAAGGCUGUUUCUGAUGUCACACAGAAGUCAUCGGUCAACGUGCUGUUGACAAACCUCAUCCAGGGGAAACUGCUUCCCUCGGCUCUCGUCUGGAUAACUUCCCGACCUGCAGCAGCCAAUCACAUCCCUCCUGCGUGUGUUGACAGGGUAACAGAAGUACGAGGCUUCACUGAUGCCCAGAAGGAGGAGUACUUCAGGAAGAGAGUCAGUGAUGAAGAGCUGUCCAGCAGAAUCAUCUCCCACAUCAAGACAUCCUGGAGCCUCCACAUCAUGUGUCUGAUCCCAGUCUUCUGCUGGAUCACUGCUACAGUUCUGGACCACAUGUUGACUACAGACCAGAGAGGAGAGCUGCCCAAGACCCUGGCUGACAUGUACUCACACUUCCUGCUGGUUCAGACAAAGAGGAAGAAGCUCAAAUAUGCUGAGGAACAUGAGAUGAGUCCACAGGAGCUGACGGAGGCUGACAGGGAAGUUCCUCUGAAGCUGGGGAGGCUGGCGUUUGAAGAGCUGGAGAAAGGAAACAUCAUGUUCUACCAAGAAGACCUGGAGCGCUGUGGUCUGGAUGUCACAGAGGCCUCGCUGUACUCAGGAGUUUGUACACAGAUCUUCAAAAGAGAGAGUGUGAUCUUCCAGAAAACAAUCUACUGCUUCGUUCAUCUGAGCAUUCAGGAGUUUCUGGCUGCAGUCUACCUGUUCCACUGUUACACCAACAGGAAGACACAGGUAGUCAAGGACUUUCUGGGACCAUACUUCCUGGGAGAAGACUGGGAUGAUUAUCAUCUUGAUUGGUACAGUGAUCAUUACCCAUCCCUGGAUGUCUUCCUGAAGAAAGUCAUGAAGAAAUCCCUUGAAAGUAAAAAUGGCCAUCUGGACCUGUUUGUCCGCUUCCUUCAUGGCCUCUCUCUGGAGUCCAACCAGAGACUCUUAGGAGGCCUGCUGGGUCAGACAGCCAACAGUCCAGAAAUCAUCCAGAGAGCCAUCAACAACCUGAAGAGGAUGAACAGUGAUGAGAUCUCUCCUGACAGAAGCAUCAACAUCUUCCACUGUCUGACGGAGAUGAACGACCACUCAGUCCAUCAGGAGAUCCAAGAGUUCCUGAAGUCAGAGAACAGAUCAGAGAAUAAUCUCUCUGUGAUCCACUGCUCAGCUCUGGCCUACAUGCUUCAGAUGUCAGAGGAGGUUGUAGAUGAGUUGGACCUGGAGAAGUACAACACAUUACAGGAGGGACGACGGAGACUGAUUCUAGCUGUGAGGAACUGCAGAAAAGCUCGGAUUAUUAACUGUGCACUCUCUGAGACUGACUGUGAAGUCGUGGCCUCAGCUCUGAAGUCCAACCCCUCCCAUCUGAGCGAGCUGGACCUGAGUUACAACGACCUGAAGGAUUCAGCAGUUGAGUGUCUGUGUGCUGGACUGCAGAGUCCAAACUGUAGACUGGAGACUCUGAGACUGAGUGGCUGUAACCUGUCAGAGAGAAGCUGUGAAGCUCUGUCCUCAGUUCUCAGCUCCCAGUCCUCUAGUCUGAGAGAGCUGGACCUGAGUAACAACAACCUGCAGGAUUCAGGUGGGAAGCUGAUCUCUGAUGGACUGAAGAGUCCACACUGCACAUUGGAGACUCUCAGACUGAGUGUCUGUAACCUGUCAGAGAGAAGCUGUGAAGCUCUGUCCUCAGUUCUCAGCUCCCAGUCCUCGAGUCUGAGAGAGCUGGACCUGAGUAACAACAACCUGCAGGAUUCAGGAGGGAAGCUGAUCUCUGAUGGACUGAAGAGUCAACACUGUACACUGGAGACUCUCAGUCUUUCAGGCUGUCUGAUCUCAGAGGAAGGCUGUUCUUCUCUGGUCUCAGCUCUGAGCUCCAACCCCUCCCAUCUGAGAGAGCUGGACCUGAGCUCAACUGCCAUACCAGGCAGUGAUGCAGCCGGUCAGGAUAUUCUCGAUAAUGCACCUGUAGAAGUUGCAGAGUAUCCUGGAGUCGAUGUUGAACCUCCUCAGCCUGUGGGGUAG